GGGGCUCUCCUUCUGAUGGACAAUAUCGCCCCGCCCAAUCUAAUUCAUCUUUUCGUUGGUCCCGCCUACACCCCCGGGGGUGGGGACCUGACGGAGGUGCCGCCAACCGAACCCCAGCUGAGCGCUCUGGAAGCCGAACCAGCUGGCCGGGCGGUCUGUGAGUGGGCGGCCGGCCUCUGGGGGCGGGACCGCAGCGUUGACAGGCAGGCGGGCGGUCCCGCCCCUCGCGCCCAGAGCGGCAGCGCCAGCUCCGGGGACAGCAGAAGUGAGUACGUGAGCGGCGCAGCAAGAUCCCUGCUCGGACCCCGGACGGAGCGCGCACCCGGAGCCCCGGAGCCCUGUCGGACCCGCGGCGAACAGCUGGAUUACUGUGCAGCGCGCACCAGGACUACCUGCGCCCUCCCGCUUCCCGGAGUCCUCGGCAUCGAGCCACCCAGCGCCCCGGACCCUCCUGGACCGGUCCGUCCAGAUUCCCGCGGAACCGACCUGCCCGCAUCCCCCAGGAUCCUCGGGCUCGGGGCGCCGCCUCGGUCCCGAAGCCGUCCGCGCAGAUCGCACCCCCACUUCUCCCGGAUCUCCUGGGACCGUACGCCAGCCUUCCCCGUGUCCGCCGAGCGGACCCUCUCUCGGGUGCCUGCAGCCUCGCCGGCGCGGCCCGGCGCGGCCCGGGCUUGCGCCGCCGUUGCUCCCGCUGCUGCUUCUGUCCCUGCUGCUGCCCGCCGGCUGCCGGGCGCUGGAAGAGACUCUCAUGGAUACAAAAUGGGUGACAUCUGAGUUGGCGUGGACAUCUCAUCCAGAGAGUGGGUGGGAGGAGGUGAGUGGCUACGACGAGGCCAUGAACCCCAUCCGCACCUAUCAGGUGUGUAACGUGCUCGAGUCGAGCCAGAACAACUGGCUGCGCACGGGGUUCAUUUGGCGACGGGAUGUGCAGCGGGUCUACGUGGAGCUCAAGUUCACGGUGCGCGACUGCAACAGCAUUCCCAACAUCCCCGGCUCCUGCAAGGAGACCUUCAACCUCUUCUACUACGAGGCUGACAGUGACGUGGCCUCGGCCUCCUCCCCGUUCUGGAUGGAGAACCCCUACAUAAAAGUGGAUACCAUCGCGCCCGAUGAGAGCUUCUCCCGGCUGGAUGCUGCCGGCCGGGUCAACACCAAGGUGCGCAGCUUCGGGCCGCUUUCCAAGGCCGGCUUCUACUUGGCCUUCCAGGACCAGGGCGCCUGCAUGUCGCUCAUCUCUGUGCGCGCCUUCUACAAGAAGUGUGCAUCCACCACUGCAGGCUUCGCACUCUUCCCUGAGACCCUCACUGGGGCCGAGACCACCUCGCUGGUCAUUGCUCCCGGCACCUGCGUUGCUAACGCCGUGGAGCUGUCGGUGCCGCUCAAGCUGUACUGCAAUGGCGAUGGGGAGUGGAUGGUGCCCGUGGGCGCCUGCACCUGUGCCACUGGCCAUGAGCCAGCUGUCGAGGAGUCCCAGUGCCACCCCUGUCCACCUGGGAGCUACAAGGCGAAGCAGGGAGAGGGGCCCUGCCUCCCCUGCCCCCCCAACAGCCGCACCACCUCGCCAGCUGCCAGCAUCUGCACGUGCCACAAUAACUUCUACCGCGCAGACUCGGACACCGCAGACAGUGCCUGCACCACGGUGCCAUCUCCUCCUCGGGGUGUGAUCUCCAAUGUGAACGAGACCUCACUGGUCCUUGAGUGGAGUGAGCCGCGAGACCUCGGUGGCCGCGAUGACCUCCUGUAUAACGUCAUCUGCAAGAAGUGCCACGGGGGCCCAGGGACAGGGGGGCCCUCCACCUGCUCACGCUGCGAUGACAACGUGGAGUUUGUGCCUCGGCAGCUGGGCCUGACGGAGCGCCGGGUCCACAUCAGCCACCUGCUGGCCCACACGCGCUACACUUUUGAGGUGCAGGCGGUCAACGGGGUUUCGGGCAAGAGCCCCCUGCCACCCCGCUAUGCAGCGGUGAACAUCACCACCAACCAGGCUGCGCCAUCUGAAGUGCCGACGCUGCGUUUGCACAGCAGCUCGGGGAGCAGCCUGACCCUGUCCUGGGCACCCCCGGAGUGGCCCAACGGAGUCAUCCUGGACUACGAGAUGAAGUACUUCGAGAAGAACGAGGGCAUUGCCUCCACCGUGACCAGCCAGAAGAAUUCUGUGCAGCUGGAUGGGCUGCGGCCCGAUGCCCGCUAUGUGGUCCAGGUCCGAGCCCGCACGGUGGCCGGCUAUGGCCAGUACAGCCACCCAGCUGAGUUUGAGACCACGAGUGAGAGAGGCUCCAGUGCCCAACAGCUCCAGGAGCAGCUCCCCCUCAUUGUGGGCUCUGCCACGGCUGGGCUCAUCUUCGUGGUGGCUGUCGUGGUCAUUGCUGUCGUUUGCCUCAGGAAGCAGCGGCACGGCGCGGAUUCGGAGUACACGGAGAAGCUGCAGCAGUACAUUGCUCCUGGAAUGAAGGUUUAUAUCGACCCUUUCACCUACGAGGACCCAAACGAGGCUGUGCGGGAGUUUGCCAAGGAGAUCGACGUGUCCUGCGUCAAGAUCGAGGAGGUGAUUGGAGCCGGGGAGUUUGGGGAAGUGUGCCGGGGUCGGCUCAAACAGCCCGGCCGCCGGGAGGUGUUCGUGGCCAUUAAGACGCUGAAGGUGGGCUACACGGAGAGGCAGCGGCGGGACUUCCUGAGCGAGGCCUCCAUCAUGGGGCAGUUUGACCACCCCAACAUCAUCCGGCUGGAGGGUGUGGUCACCAAGAGCCGGCCGGUUAUGAUCCUCACUGAGUUCAUGGAGAACUGCGCCCUGGACUCCUUCCUGAGGCUCAACGAUGGGCAGUUCACGGUCAUCCAGCUGGUGGGCAUGUUGCGAGGCAUUGCUGCUGGCAUGAAGUACCUGUCCGAGAUGAACUAUGUGCACCGCGACCUGGCUGCCCGCAACAUCCUUGUCAACAGCAACCUGGUCUGCAAAGUCUCUGACUUCGGCCUCUCUCGCUUCCUGGAGGAUGACCCCUCUGAUCCCACCUACACCAGCUCCCUGGGCGGGAAGAUCCCGAUCCGCUGGACUGCCCCAGAGGCCAUAGCCUAUCGGAAGUUCACCUCUGCCAGUGAUGUCUGGAGCUAUGGAAUUGUCAUGUGGGAGGUCAUGAGCUAUGGAGAGCGACCCUACUGGGACAUGAGCAACCAAGAUGUCAUCAAUGCUGUGGAGCAGGAUUAUAGGCUGCCACCGCCCAUGGACUGUCCCACAGCACUGCAUCAGCUCAUGCUGGACUGCUGGGUGAGGGACCGGAACCUCAGACCCAAAUUCUCCCAGAUCGUCAACACCCUAGACAAGCUCAUCCGCAACGCCGCCAGCCUCAAGGUCAUCGCCAGUGCCCAGUCUGGCAUGUCACAGCCCCUCCUGGACCGCACAGUUCCCGAUUAUACAACUUUCACGACAGUAGGUGACUGGCUAGAUGCCAUCAAGAUGGGACGGUACAAGGAGAGCUUUGUCAAUGCAGGGUUUGCGUCCUUUGACCUGGUGGCCCAGAUGACUGCAGAAGACCUGCUGCGGAUCGGGGUCACCCUGGCUGGCCACCAGAAAAAGAUCCUCAGCAGUAUUCAGGACAUGCGGCUGCAGAUGAACCAGACGCUGCCUGUGCAGGAAGUGUGCCCCAAACCUCUUCAUAUUGAAGAUGGAUUAGGAGAGGGAGUGAUGACCUCUCCGCAGAUGCCUCGGGGCCCAGGCCUUCCUGCUCUCCAGUGGAGGGCCCCCACAACCUCAGAUUUGGCUACUUUGCAGUCCUGGGUAUCCCGGCAGGGCUGAGAGGGGGGCAAGCCUGGGUUCCACAGGGCCCAGCCCUGGCAGGGGUCUGGCCCCCCAGGUAAGCAGAGAGUAGUCCCUCCCUCAGGAACUGGAGGAGCGGACUCCAGGAAUGGGGAAAUGUGACACCCCCAUCCCUACACCAGUUGGCACCUCUGGUUUGCACAGGGACUUGUUCUAGGGGCUGAGGGCCCUGCCUCCACCCCUGCCCUUGGUGCUGUCAUAGAAGGGCAGGCGGGGCAGGCUGAAGAGCGGCCCUUUGCCCCCCAGAGACUGACUCUCAGAGCCAGAGAUGGGAUGUAUGUGGUGUGCGUGUGUGAGUGUGUGCGUGCACAGAGAGCGUGGGUGAGUGUAUAAAAAGCUUGGCCCUGUGCCCUGCAGUGGGGACAGCUGGGCUGACAGCGGAAUAAAGGCAAUAAGAUGA